AUGGGUGAUGAAAAGGACUCUUGGAAAGUGAAAACUUUAGAUGAAAUUCUUCAGGAAAAGAAACGAAGGAAGGAACAAGAGGAGAAAGCAGAGAUAAAACGCUUAAAAAAUAACAACGCUUCUUCAGUCAAGUUCUUUUGUACUUCCAAAUGUUGCAGUCUGAUGACCGGGAUUCCAAACGGGAUUCCCUUGAAGAGGGGGAGCUGAGAGAUCACCGCAUGGAGAUAACAAUAAGGAACUCGCCUUAUAGAAGAGAGGACUCUAUGGAAGACAGAGGCGAGGAAGAUGACUCUUUGGCUAUCAAACCGCCCCAGCAAAUGUCCCGGAAAGAAAAAGCUCAUCACAGAAAAGACGAGAAGAGAAAAGAGAAACGUAGGCAUCGUAGUCAUUCAGCAGAAGGGGGGAAGCAUGCUAGAGUGAAAGAAAAAGAAAGAGAACAUGAACGUCGGAAACGACAUCGAGAAGAACAGGAUAAAGCUCGCCGGGAAUGGGAGAGACAAAAGAGGAGGGAGAUGGCAAGAGAACAUUCCAGGAGAGAGAGGGACCGUCUGGAGCAACUGGAGCGGAAGCGGGAGCGGGAGCGGAAGCUGCGGGAGCAGCAGAAGGAGCAGAGGGAGCAGAAGGAGCGUGAGCGGCGGGCUGAGGAGCGACGCAAGGAGCGUGAGGCACGCAGGGAAGUGUCCGCACAUCACCGCACCAUGCGGGAGGAGUACGGUGAGAAGGUGAAAGCCAGCCACUGGAGCCGCAGCCCACUCCGGCCGCCACGGGACAGGUUCGAGCUGAGCGACGGCCGGAAGCCAGUAAAAGAAGAGAAAAUGGAAGAAAGAGAUCCCCUGUCUGACUUGCAAGAUGUCAGCGACAGUGAGAGGAAGACCAGCUCGGCAGAGUCAUCCUCAGCGGAGUCAGGGUCUGGCUCAGAGGAGGAGGAGGAAGAAGAGGAGGAGGAGGGGAGCAGCAGUGAGGAGUCAGAGGAGGAGGAGGAGGAGGAAGAAGAGGAGGAAGAGGAAGAGGAAGAGGAGACGGGGAGCAAUUCCGAGGAUGCUUCCGAGCAGUCGGCUGAAGAAGUGAGCGAAGAGGAGAUGAGCGACGACGAGCGAGAGAAUGAAAACCACGUCCUCGUGGUUCCAGAGUCACGAUUUGACCGCGAUUCUGGGGAGAGUGAGGAAGGGGAGGAAGAAGGGGGUGAGGGGACCCCGCAGAGCAGCGCCCUCACUGAAGGAGACUGCGUGCCCGACUCGCCUGCUCUGUCGCCAAUCGAGCUCAAGCAGGAGCUGCCCAAGUACCUGCCCGCCCUGCAGGGCUGCCGGAGUGUGGAGGAGUUCCAGUGCCUGAAUAGGAUUGAAGAAGGCACGUACGGGGUGGUCUACAGAGCAAAGGACAAAAAAACGGAUGAAAUUGUGGCUCUGAAACGGCUGAAAAUGGAAAAGGAAAAGGAGGGAUUUCCCAUCACGUCACUAAGAGAAAUCAACACCAUUCUCAAGGCCCAGCACCCCAACAUAGUCACUGUCAGAGAGAUUGUCGUUGGAAGCAACAUGGACAAGAUCUACAUCGUGAUGAACUACGUAGAGCACGAUCUCAAGAGCCUGAUGGAGACCAUGAAGCAGCCCUUCCUGCCAGGGGAGGUGAAGACCCUAAUGAUCCAGCUGCUUCGAGGUGUGAGGCACUUGCAUGACAACUGGAUCCUGCACCGUGACCUCAAGACGUCCAAUCUGCUGCUGAGCCAUGCUGGCGUCCUCAAGGUGGGUGAUUUUGGGCUGGCACGUGAGUAUGGGUCCCCACUAAAGGCCUACACCCCAGUUGUGGUGACCCUUUGGUACCGUGCCCCAGAGCUACUGCUUGGCGCCAAGGAGUACUCCACAGCCAUUGACAUGUGGUCUGUGGGCUGCAUCUUCGGGGAGCUGCUGACUCAGAAACCCCUGUUCCCUGGGAAGUCAGACAUCGACCAGAUCAACAAAGUGUUUAAGGACCUGGGGACCCCCAGCGAGAAAAUCUGGCCUGGCUACAGCGACCUUCCCGCGGUCAAGAAGAUGACAUUCACUGAGUACCCAUACAACAACCUCCGCAAGCGCUUUGGGGCGCUGCUCUCAGACCAGGGCUUCGACCUCAUGAACAAGUUUCUGACCUACUUCCCUGGGCGGAGGAUCAGUGCUGAAGAUGGCCUCAAGCAUGAGUAUUUCCGUGAGACCCCGCUCCCCAUUGACCCCUCCAUGUUCCCCACGUGGCCCGCCAAGAGUGAGCAGCAGCGUGUGAAGCGUGGCACCAGCCCACGGCCACCUGAGGGGGGCCUGGGCUACAGCCAGCUGGGUGAUGACGACCUCAAGGAGACCGGCUUCCACCUGACCACCACAAACCAGGGGGCCUCAGCUGCUGGCCCCGGCUUUAGCCUCAAGUUCUGACCCCAGAGCAAGUCGUAGCACACGCCCAGAGGGCGGGGCCUGGCCGGGUUGCGUAGAGGCACAAGGCUCCCCUUCGUGAGAGGAGUGGCUACUGCGGUGUCUUUGUCCAGAUUGCAUCCCUGAAUCUAAGCUGCAGGGGGACCUCUGGGCCGAGAAUCCUGGACUCAGAGCUCCUUAUCAUGUUCUUCAUUUUCCACGUUUUUAUUUUGGCUUGUAAAUUUAUAGAAUUAAAUCAUAUUUUCCUUGUUGUAGAGGGAGA